AUGGCCAAUAAAUCGACCGUCCACGUAAAGAACAUCGAUGGCUCAACCACGGAUUCCGAAGUAAAGGAUUUCUUUAGCUUCUGCGGCAAGAUUGCCGACUUCCAGGUCUCCUCGUCAGGCAACACCAAGACGGCCGAUGUCACGUUUGAGAAGGAGACGGCCAUGAAGACGGCCCUGCUACUCAACAACACCAAGCUCGGCCCCAACGAAAUCGCCGUCACCAGCGCCAGCGGCGUCACCGACGACGACGCCUCUCACUACGCCAAGAAUACCGAGCGUGAAUCGGACGAGAUCACGCAGGAGGAGAAGCCCCGCGCCCGGAUCCUCGCCGAGUACCUCGCCCACGGCUACGUCGUAGGCGACGUUGCCAUCAACCGCGCCAUCGAGCUCGACCAGAAGCACGGCGUCUCCAGCCGCUUUGUUACGACGCUGCAGAACCUCGACAAGAAGUACCAUGCCUCGGACCGCGCAAAGGCCACCGACCAGAGUUACGGCAUCACCAAGCGCGCCAACACCUUCUUGACCGGCAUCAGCACCUACUUUGAAAAGGCCAGCAACACCCCGACGGGCAAGAAGAUUGUCAACUUCUACACAAACGGCUCCCGCCAGGUGCAGGACAUUCACGCCGAAGCCCAGCGUCUCGCGGAGCUCAAGAAGGAGGAGCACGGCGGCAGCGCCUACAAGGCCGCCGGUCUCGAGAGGGUGUUUGGCAAGGAGAAGGAGAAGACUGCCAAUGCUGGCCAGGAGUCGUCGACGACUGGAGAGCCGGCAACGGGAAACAUGAACCCGGCGCCGAUCAAUCCCACCGACCCUGUCCCGGGAGUCAAGGCUGUCGACGAGAAAACUGGUUAA